AUGGACUACGACCGCUACGAUGCCUUCCUCCACCACAUCUUCAAGCAGACCCAGGGCGACGCCUGGUUCCGCCCAAAUGAGGACAACCUCUCUGCCGGUGUCGCCCUCCGUGUCGACAAUGGUCCCGAAUUCCGUGUCUUCCCCUACGAGAACCUCGCCCUCGAGCCCUUCGAGGCCGCCGUCUCCGCUCUCAACCCCGCCGUCGCUGUCAAGGUUCGCAGCGCUGCCGUCCACGCUGCCCUCUCUGAAGUGGGCCCCGACGACCGCUCCAUCUAUGUCGACGCCAACACUCGCAUCCAGAUCAUCGAGACGAUGAUGGACCUCCCCACCGCGGAUAAGGAGCAGAGCGCUGCCUUCAUUCGCGAUGAGCGUGUGAUGGUCAUCUGGUCUGACUCGAUAGAUGGCAUUAUCCCGACGUCCAAAGAGUUCGAGGAGCGCCUCAUCAAGCUCCUCUGGCGUUCACGGCCGAGUGCAGGCGCGAGCCAUGCCAACAGCUCGAGCAGUCAUCCAAACAGUAUCCAUGGGUCGAUCUCGGGCCACUCUAUGAUGUCGCGGACAUCUGGCCGCCGACUUGGUGUCCCGGGCACACCGGGCCCUCCGGGUACUCCCCGUGGAAUGGGCCGCAUGAGUAUGGAGCUCAUGCCAAGCGAUGUCGAGAAGAGCCUCAACCCGGAGAACAACGGCGUGAAGACCAAGACAGUCCGGACAUGGUACGGUCGCAAGAAGACGAUCAUCAUCCAAGACGAGAUGGGCGCAGCGCUAGACGAGCUCGGACCCUCGAAGCGUCCCACGCUGUUAUAUGCGCCGAUCUACAACGGGUUAGCCGCAGGCAUGGCCAUCUACUUCAUUGGCAACGGUUUGAAGACCCUGCUAGAGGAGUGGGAACUCGACAACAACUACGAGCGGUUCGCGCUGUGCGCAUUGAUGCCCUUGCUGUUCUCUGUUUCUUUGUUUUUCGCCAUCCAGAUCAUUCAGAACGUCUCCAUGGCUAUCGGCCCCAUCGCACAGUACCACGAGAAUUCGAAGUACUAUUCUGCUGUGAAGCCGCGCCCUAAUAAGCUCGUGGAUAACAACUUGCCACACAUUACCCUUCAGAUGCCCGUGUAUAAGGAGAGUUUGGAGAGCGUUUUAGCACCAUCAAUAGAAUCAAUGAAAAAGUGUAUGCAGACGUACGCCCGCCAGGGCGGGACGUCAACUAUUCUGAUCCAUGACGACGGUCUCAGGCUGCUGCCGGUUGAGGAGCGUGAUGCACGUAUUGCGUACUACGCAAACCACGGCAUUGGCUGGGUCGCGCGGCCGAAGCACGAUGACGCGCCGGACGGGUUCAAGCGUGCGGGGCGGUUCAAGAAGGCGUCGAACAUGAACUACGGUCUGAAGCUGUCGCUGCUCGCGGAGAAGCACCUCGAGACGCUGCAAGCGCAGGAGCGCGAGCGCGGCCCGCGCUCACCACGCACGUCGCACGAAGAGCAGCGCUACGGUAUGCAGUACCAGCAUCGUGAUGGGGGCAACGCGAGCGUUGUGAACGUCGGCGGUGACGAGGACGCGGAGAAGGUGAACAUGGACGACUGGGAGCUCGAGGAAAAGGCGCUGCAGCUGGCGAUCGACGAGAUGUACGAGGCCAGUGGGCGGCGCUUCCGCCCGUGGGCUGCGAACGGUCGUGCGUGCCGUAUUGGCGAGAUUAUCCUCAUCGUCGACUCGGAUACGAUCGUGCCCGAGGACUGUCUGCGUGAUGCCGCAAGAGAGAUGGCCGAGUGCCCGGACGUGGGCGCCAUCCAGCACGAGUCCGAUGUCAUGCAGGUCGCCCACCAUUACUGGGAGAACGGUAUUGCCUACUUCACACGCCGUAUCAACAAGUGUAUCUCGUACACUUGUGCGAACGGUGAGGUUGCCCCCUUUGUCGGACACAAUGCCUUCCUGCGCUGGAGAGCCGUCCAGGACGCUGCGUUCAUCGAUCCGGCUGACGGCGAAGAGAAGAUCUGGUCCGAGUCGAACGUGUCUGAAGACUUCGACAUGGCCAUGCGUCUCCAGAUGCGCGGAUUCAUCAUUCGGUGGGCGACAUACUCGCUUGGUGGCUUCAAGGAGGGUGUGUCGCUCACGUGUGACGACGAGCUGAACCGAUGGCAGAAAUAUGCGUACGGAUGUAGCGAGCUGCUGUUCAACCCCAUCGCUCAGUGGUGGCGCAAAGGCCCGAUCAGCCCCCAGAUCCACAAGUUCAUGUGGUGUUCCGCCCCAAUCCACUACAAGGUGUCCAUGAUGGCGUACAUGUUCUCGUACUACGGUCUCGCGGGCGCGCUCACAAUCUCGACAAUCAACUACUUCAUCCUCGGGUGGCAGCUCGAGAUUGACGGGUUUUACAUGCACAGUUUCGAAAUCUGGCUCGCGACCACCGUCGUCUUCAUCGGCACUGGUAACAUCGGCUUCACCCUGCUCCAAUAUCGUCUCGGCGAAGGGCCCCUUGUCAUGUCUUUCCUCAUCAACGUCAUGUGGAUUCCGUUUUUCUUCUUCUUCUUCGGUGGUUUGUCUAUCCCUAUCAGUCAAGCCGUUCUGUCGCAUCUGUUCUCGUACAACAUGACGUGGGGUGCGACGAAGAAGGAAGUCGAGCGAUCAAAUUUCUUUGAGGAGAUUCCGAAGAUUCUCAAGCGCUUCUGGUUCCCGUGGACAUGUAGUUUCAUUCUCGUGGCCACCAUGGUCAUCCUCAGCACAAAUCUGCUGCCUGUGGCGUGGCAGAUUAAUGGGUCUGCAUGGGCCGUCAUCUUCCCUCUGGCGCUCAUGGUCGGCUGCCAUAUAUUGUACCCGAUCGUGCUCAACCCAUGGUUGAUGGUCUUCUCAUAUUAA